AUCUCACCAGAAAGCAUUUGCCUUGCCUUUUCUUUCUUUCUUUCUUCUUCUUUUAUAUAUGUUUUCACUUUGUUUUUACUAAACGCCGUUAAUAAAUAGGAAAGAUAAAACAGAGUUUUCAUUUUGGAUUAACAAAGAAAGCAAUAAUGAGGUACUGGAGUUUCUAAAAAUGGGGAAACAUCUCUUGUUUUUGCGGCUCAGAUUGAAACAUCAUUUUCUUCCUAUCUUCUACCUUUAUUAUGUGAACUUGUUUUAACUUUAGAAAGAAAAAAAAAAGAAGGUAAAGUGCGUUUUUUUUUUUUUGUUAUGGUUCCUUUUCUUUUCUUGUUUUCUGGGGAAAAUAAAUGGAAACGACUGCGUUUAUGUUUGUUAAAAGGGUUCCUUUUUAUUAUUUUUUACCUUGUAUUUCUGGCUGAAAGCUGAGAAGAAUUUAUCAAAACAUUAAAAGGAAAAACGAUAUGACGAAUGAUAUCUAAGAAGGGGACCAAAUACUUUCUAUUUUUUUAGUAAAAAUGAAUAUUUUAGUUUAUAUGUUUGUUCUAUUUCUGUUUCAAUGCAAAACUUCAUAUAUAUUGUAUGGAGAAAAAAAUUGUGAGUAGAAUUUCUUUUUUGUUUAUUUUUUUGGUUGACAUGUAUGGUAUUUGUUGAUUGAUUUUAAUGGUUCUCGUGGGGGUUCAAGUAAAAAUGGUUGUCGGGAUAGCUUUUUAUACAUCAGUAUGGUAGAUAUUUUUCGGUACAAGAAUUUAUGGUAGAUUAGGGUUUCAUUGAAUUUUGUUUUGUACAGUAGUUGUGGGUCUGAGUCAGGGACCUACUUUGCAAGAUUUCCCAGAUAAUUGAAUUGGAAUUAUUGAAAGUGUUAGAGUGUUUUUUAGACUAGGUUACUUGAUUAAAACGUGAAUCCUUUUAUUUGUUUAAUUUUUGGGUUCCUCUACUUGGACUUUGUUACUGCUUCUUAGAAUUAUUGAAGAUAGUGGGGCGAGCAGAGAGAGAGAGAGGGAGCUGCUUUGUUAAAGAGGCUAGACCGGGUAGUUAUUGUUGGAUGGGUUAAUAGAUAAGCUAAAUUUUUCUAGAGUUUUGGUGGUGGAAUUUACUGCUGAUGUUGAAGGUUUAUGGAACACUACUAUGUUUUUACUUGGGGUUGAAGAUCAGCUUACAUUCGUACAAGACUCGUAUAGAGAGACAGUUUGGAACUAUGGUGUCAGUUUGUUUGCGUUAGCAAUAAUGAAUGGAUGAGAAAAAAGCUCUACUACUAUUCUAGUUCGAAUCUGCAAGGUCCAAUAUAACAUACUUUUUGUCGUUGCUUAAGCUCUCUUUUCUGUUGGAUAUUGAUAUCUGCAUAAAAAAACGCUCGGCUUGAGAAGUGAUUGCUUUGUUUAGUCAAACCUCUCUACUACCCUGGUUGCGAUUGUUUUGCUAAGUGGAUUUGAAGUGGCAUCAACAAACCCUUUUUAGUUUAAACUUGGGGAAGGAGUGGACUAAAUAUUGUUUCGUUGAAGUGGAUAGAAAAUUUUCUAACUUGUACCACUCUAGAUCUGAGAAACAGAGAGGGUUGGACUUUGAUGCUGUUAGAUUUAGAGGUUAUAUUUUAGGAUCUGUUGACAAGUGGCUUGGCUUUUAUAUGAAGAAGAUUGUUUGAACUGUUCUGUGAGUUCUAUCUCUCUCAUGGACUGGAAUGCCAAAACCCCGUUGCAAUGGGAGUGGGAGAACCUAAUGAUGUUAAAUGCGACACCAACUGAAAUUCCAAGGAAGCUAAGAUCGGCAGAGUGGGAUAUUGAGGGCGAGGAAGAGCUGGACUCUGGGUCUCUCUAUUCUUCUGGUGCUGCUGCUGGAGGUAGUGGUGGUUCUGGAUCAGAUUUGGGCCUUAUUUCUUUGUCUAAAAGUUCGAAAUCGGCAUCCAUUAAUUCUUCAUCUGCGGGAGAGGUAAAAGUGACCACAUUUACUUUGGAGGCUUUUGAAGCUAUACCACAUGAAAUUAGCAACAAGAAAAAGGUUUCCAAGGUUGAGCACACCGGUAGUUCCCCAAUAUUUGAGGCUUCAGUUGGCUCUGGUGAGCCAUUGCUCAGUUUAAAGCUUGGCAAGCAAACAUACUUUGAAGAUGUUUGCACAGGAAGCAAUUCAAAGACUUCAUCUUAUUCUGCCACUCCUGGACCAUCCCCUUCCCCGGCAAAGAGAUCCAAACCCAAUUGUCAGACAAAACAUAUUCUGCGUUGCCAAGUCGAAGGCUGUAACCUUGAUCUUUCUUCGGCUAAGGAUUACCAUCGGAAACACAGAGUUUGUGAAAGUCACUCAAAGAGCCCUAAGGUUAUUGUAGGUGGUCUGGAGCUCCGGUUCUGCCAGCAGUGUAGCAGGUUCCAUGCUCUGUCAGAGUUUGAUGAAAAGAAGCGAAGCUGCCGCCGGCGUCUUUCUGACCACAAUGCAAGGCGCCGCAAACCACAGACAGAUGCAAUCCACUUCAGUGCUGCAAGGCCUUCACAAGCAGCAUAUGAUGGGAAACAACUGAUGAGUUUUGUCUGGAAUAAAGUGCCAUUUCUUCAUAAUGCUAGGCCCAAUGAAAAUUUUACACGGGAAGGCACAUUUGUCUCCAAGUCCUCUGAAACGAAAGUUUAUGCACCUACAAAAGCGGGAAAUGCAAACGGACAGCUGCAACUGCCAGGCAGCCAGCUGUUGAAUUCCAUGACAUCUCGGUGUUACGAUUCCAACAGAUUCCUGCCUGUAAAGGGCAAGCAAAACACAGUUGAGGUUCUCAACCAAGGUGUAGAAGAAUCCACAGUUGCUUCAAAUAUGGGUACGACGCAAGAUCUUCAUCGUGCUCUCUCUCUUCUGUCAAAUGAGUCUUGGGUUUCUUGUGAGCCAAAACAACAUGGUUCACUUGCGUACCCUGUGCAUGUUAGUGGUAGCAGCAUGUCUCAGCCCACGAUGAAUGUGAUUUCGCAGAGUUUCCCCAUUCCAUAUGCCUUAUCUGAAAACUGGCAGAUGGAACAAGAGCAGACUACUCAAUCCCAAGUUGAGGGUGACAACCAUCUUCAAGAGUUUCAGCUUCUCAAGGCUCCAUAUGAUAAUAGCUUUUAUUCCAAUCAGAUGAAUUGAUUGCCACAAAUCUUAAACUUUAAUUUUUAACUUGGUAAGGUUCACACGUUGAAGAUAAUGUAACUUUUUCUGAUCCUAUUUUAGUCAAAUUUACUCUUUUAAAUAAUGCGUGCAGCUGGAAUUCACGGGGGUAAAAGCCAUAUGCUUCAUUUCCUUUGUUUUUCUUUAUUUUUUUUAUUUUGCUUAAAAAUGCCAUGUAAUGUUAUGGGAUGGACUACAAUGAUUUAGUAGGGCUGAGCAGGGAAAUUAAGAAAAUAAAAAAUUUAUUCGUGUCU